AUGUCGUUGGCUCAACGCCGAACAGCGCCGGAGGGCAUCGACACCGUGCCAGAGUACGAUGUCCACGAGAAUGGCAACCGCCAAAUCUACGGGGACAACAUCCACGACGAUGACCGGAGAGGUGGCGAUAGCACCCAAGACACGGCCGUACAGUUUACCAAAAACGACGAGAUCUGGCGUACCAUCAGCUACGACCCAUUCGCGCCAAAGCCGCUUCAGCACUAUGAAUCAUUCCCGCCUGAGGUGACGGAGAAUAAAGCGGCGUACGAGGUAUCCACUACCAAGAGGGCAGCCCAAGUCGCCUUGGCCGUGCUCUGCUGCGUCCUAGCAUCAGGGACAGUGUGCGGGUUCGCAGCACUCAAACCGAUUCUCAUCGCCGAGGGGGUUUACCGCUCCCUCUGCCCGGCGGAUUGGUCACCCUCGGACGGGGACGAAGGCCAGCUGCCCUGUCCAGAGCAGGACAUGCGCCUGAAUUUGAUGUUCAUCCUCGCCUCGAUCACGCUGAACAUUAGCAACAUGCUGGGCGGCUGGGUCCUAGACAAUCACGGGCGGCGCAUGUGUUACGUCCUCGCGGCGGUGAUCCUCUUCCUCGGCAGCGGUUGCAUGGCCCUGGCCUUUCAACUGGGCGAGAGACUCGGCCACUUCGACGGGUACAUCGUGGGCAACCUCCUCCUCGGGCUGGGCGGGACGUUCCUCUUCGUCAGCUCGUACCAACUGUCCCACGCCUUCCCAAGACAUUCCGGGCUCAUCGUGGCUCUGGUAACAGGCGCCUUCGAUGCAAGCGCAGCAGUCUACCUCUUCUACCGACUCGCCUACGAGGCCACAGACCACGUAAUCAAGCCGGCCUACUUCUUCGCCGCCUUCGCCGUCCUCAUCCCCAUCCUGAUCCUCACGGGCGAGUUCACCAUAAUGCCGGCCACGAGCUACGUCACCCGCGGCGAGUACCAGGUCGCAAUCCACCGCGCGCAGGACGAGACCCGCGACGUCCACGACAGCGACGACGAGAUGUAUGCAGAUCAGCCCCGCGAGCUCCUGCGGGCGCGGGACCGCCGCGCCGCCCGCCGCGGGGCCCAGCUCGAGGCCAUCGAGACGGUCGCGGGCAACGAGGAGGAGAGGGCGGCGGACCGGGCCGCCGCGCGCGGCCGCCAGGAGGCGUCGGGCGUGCAGGGCGCAGAGGUGCGCGACCUGCCGUUCGCGCGCCAGGUCACGACGCCGUGGUUCUGGCUGGUCCUGCUGCUUACGGUCCUGCAGAUGAUGCGGAUGAACUACUUCAUCGCGACCGUCCGCGCGCAGUACCGGUAUAUGCUUGGCGGAGAGGACCUCGCUGGCCGGGUGAACUCUUUCUUUGAUGUUGCGUUGCCUGUUGCGGGUGUCAUUACCACCCCCUUCAUCGGGAUUCUCCUCAAUGAGGUGCCUGUGUGGGGGACUCAGGGCGUGUUGACGGUUCUUAUCGUGGUGCUGGGGAUGCUUAAUGUGAUCCCGGCUCUGUGGGCGGGCUAUGCCACCGUCGUUGCGUUUGUGAUAUUCCGACCUCUCUACUACUCGGCAGUCUCGGACUACACAACCAAAGUCUUCGGCUUCGCAACCUUUGGUCGAAUCUACGGCAGCAUCACUGCCGUCUCAGGCCUGGGCCAGUUCAUCCAGCCCGCGCUGGACGCGCUCACCCACGGGCCCCUGCACGACAACCCGGUGCCCAUCAACCUCGUCUUCGCGCUGGCCGGGAGCGUGAUCAGCGCGGCCCUGACGGUCUUUGUGUACAUCAAGACGAGGGAAACCGGCAGCGGAUUGUUCGGCGGCAGCAAGGAUUUGAGGUAUGGGGAAGACCUGGCGGACGGGGAGCGUCGGGCUCUGUUGCAUGAUGGUGGCCGCGUGGAGGCAUAUGGUUCUGCCCUGAGGGAGCAGUCGCGUUGA